AUGGCGCCGAAGAAGAAGCUCAGUGAAGCUCAAGUGAUUCGCCUUUCCCAGUCAGAGUUGCUGGCUCAAUGCCUGGCGUGGAAAGUGCCGACAACUGGCGGUGUUCUGCGUCUGCGGGCCGAUCUUUAUGAGGUCAUGCAUGCCAGUACUUGCGACGGCCAG